CCCAGCACAACCUCAUCUAUCCAUUCAGGCAUCAUGAAACCCUUGACAAAUGGAACUGUAUUUAAUUGAUUCCGUGACUAAGGCAGGAAGCAAAUGUGGGUGUGGGAGCUCUGAACAUCUGCUGAGCCAGCCCCCACCCAGGAAAGAAGUGGAGUGGACUUUGGAUCAUUCUAAAUGAAUCGUCCAACUGUACAGGGCACAGCCAUUCUCUAGGGAAGCAAGCUUUCCACAGCAGAGAGUCGGGAACAGGAGCAAGAGAGACUUACUUGGCAACAGGCACAGCAAGCAUGAAUCCAAUGACUCCACCAGGCCCUCCGGUCAACUCUGUAUAUGUGGUGGCACCCCCCAACGGUUACCCCGUGGUCCCAGGAACUGUGACUCAGGUGCCUCUGUAUCCAGGCAACCAGCCUCAAAUCCACGUAAUUCCUGGGAAUCCACCUGGUUUGGUGACAGCGCAGAAAGUCUUGAAAAAUGGCAAAGUCCUGGGGGCCAUCCAGAUCCUGAUUGGCUUGGUGCACAUUGGCAUGGGCUCCAUCAUGAUGACCAACCUCUCUGGGUACUAUAUACCUAUCUCCCUCUAUGGAGGCUUCCCCUUCUGGGGAGGCGUUUGGUUUAUCAUUUCAGGAUCUCUUUCCGUGGCGGCAGAGAAUCAGCCCAAUUCUUCUUGCCUGCUGAAUGGCAGCGUGGGCUUGAACAUCUUCAGCGCCAUCUGUUCAGCAGUGGGCAUCAUACUCCUCAUCACAGAUAUGAGUAUCUCGGGAACAUAUGUUUACCCCAAUGACUACCCUUACUACUACUACAGCAUGACAAUAGGCAUGGCUCUUUCUGGUGUACUGCUCAUCUUCUGCCUCCUGGAGCUCUCCAUCGCAAGUGUGUCUUCCCACUUUGGCUGCCAAGUGGCCUGCUGUCAGUCCAACAAUGUGGAUGUGGUCAUUCCAAAUGUCUACACAACAAACCCAGUGGUCUUCCCAGAACCUUCGAACCCAAUACCAAGUUAUUCCAGUGCAGUUCAAGACUCAAAUAGGUGAAGCUGAAGAUUCUAGAAAAAUCUUUCACUGAGACCAAGUGACAUCCUCCCUUGCCUAGGCUCCUAUAAACCAGGUUCUUCCUUUCCUGACAAACUGAGCGAAAUGUCUCUCUUACUGCUUACACUGUGGACUUGUGCUUCACCUCACUCCAGCAAGUCCUGAUGGCUCUCUACUAGAGUAAGGUGGGAGAUUGAAAUGGAUUAAACAAAGAUGUCCUCCCAAGACAGGUGCAUCUGUAUGGUGACAGCCAUCUCUACACCAGUCUUGGUGUGCACACAUCCAUGUACUCCCUGACUAAAAUAGUUUUCAUAAUAGAGAAAUAGUUAUCUCAUCACUCAAACUUCCCUCUGUCAAUCAUUCAAUCAUUUAAUAAAUAUAUAUUGAGCAUCAGAAAUG